AUGGCAGAAACAACAAGACACAGUGUGCAGAAGAUCUAUAUGGGGUUUGCAGCGCCGCACUCAUUUCCAGCGACGCCGGAUCUUAGGAAAUGCUAUUAUUCGUUUUCUCGAGAAUCUCUUCAUCAAUAUCAUAGCAAAGAAGGAGGUAUAAAGAGUGAAUAUGAGCAUGAUCCAUAUGUUCUUCGAGCAGCAGAACACUGCCGGCAAGCAUCGGCACUAGGAGGGGUGGAAACAGGAAGGAGGGGCGUUUGUGCAGGUGUUUCUUGCGGGGGAGGGGAGCCAGGUAUCGGAGACGCGGGAGAAGAUAUUUUCCGAGUGCCUGCCUCAGCGGCAGGCGUGUAUUGCGGCGUCGAGAUGUCGACGAGGCUGGAUGAGAUUGCACUUGACACGGGAACGAUCGGGAGGGUCGGAGGGGAUAGGAGAGACGGUUCCUAUAUACAAGAAAGUGAUGUCACCGGAGGAUGUGACGCUGUUUGUGCUGGUAUCGGGAGACAUAGCUUCGCUGGAGUAUGCGUUGGUGAAGAUAUCGGUAUGGGAAUGCAGAUCAAGAAGCUUGAGAUAGAUCCUCGGUACCAUCCGCUGAUCUGUGGGAGGAAGCGGUCGAAUCUUCAGGAUAUCAUGCAGGAAACGUGUACAAAUAUCUAUAUACCUAUGCCGUUUGCAAAUGUUUUGAGUAUCAGGCGUCAUCUUCCGCCGCUUGUAUCGGAUGAGAUUUAUAUUACGGGGCGGAGGGAGGAUAUCGUUAACGCUGAAAAAAGGAUUAUUUCAGCGUAUCAAUCGGUUACUCUUAUGUCGAAGACGAUCACCAUAACAGCGCCUAAAAAGGACUGGUUGCUUAUAGAAAGGCUUAAUGAUAUAAAGAAUAUCAUGAGCAAUAAUGGUAAUAUUCUCUUUUCGGGUUACGACAAGCUUAUCGUGAUAGCUUCUUAUAUUAAUUUUCCGAUUCUUGGUUCGCAAAAUAUAGAAAUCAAUAUUUUUUCCAGUCAUGAUCACCUUAUUGAUAAUACGAUUGAUUCGUUUAUAAGUUUGUUAUCGGAUUACUAUAAUACUACAUAUUGGAUAUUCCCUCUUUCAAAUCAUGCACAAAACUCAGAAGUCUUGUUUACCGAUUCAGAAAUUAAAAAAAUACUCAUGGAUAUUACUGAAAAACAUCGUGUAGAAAUAACAUAUAAACAUAGCUGUUUCGAAAUUGCUGGUAUGAAAGAUGAAAUUAAAAAAGCCGUUAGGAUUAUUUCAGAAAUCCCUAUUAUACAAAAUCGACCACAACAAAUACGUUUUACGAUCGAGCUUUCCAACAAAUACCAUGAAUUCAUUCAAGGGAAAAAGGAAGGAAAAAUUAACGCGAUUCGAAAAAAUGUAGGCGUUAUUGUAGAAUUACAUACGUUUUCCAGUAGAAGUUUCUGCAUCGAUAUUAUCGCGGAAAAUUUAGAACAAGCGAUGCAGUGUCUUAGUAUGCUUGAAGAUGAAUUCCCUACAGAAAUCACAUUUUAUAUCCCUGAAGAAUAUCAUAGACGAAUGAUUGGUAUUCGCGGUAAUACUAUUCAGUCUGUUAUGCGACAAUACGGUGUUUUCGUUAAAUUUUCCAAUACCACUAGUCUUGCGACUCCUGGUCAUCAUAAUUAUUUAGAUGAUAAUGUUCUGGUUAGAUGUCCCGCGAAAAAUGCAGCAAACCUUAUUGAACUCAAAGAAACUUUAAUGAAUAUGGUUAAUUACAAGGAUAAAGAUUCCAUUUCAGAAAAUGUUUAUGUCCCUCAAAUUUAUCAUAGAAUGUUAAGAAAUAAGAGCAAUAAAAUUAUCCGUAAUAUUGAAAAAAAUACAAAUUGUAUAGUACGUUUUCCAAACAAUGAUCUUAAUAAAGAUUAUAUUACUGUUAUUGGGUCAGAAGCGCAAGUUCCUCGUGCAAUUGAUAUGAUUAUGAGAAGCAUUCUUGAUGAAUAUAAAUUUCGUGUAGUGUCCACUAAGGCUUUAGAUAGCAUUAUCGAAUCUAAGGAAUAUAAAUUUUGGGUUGUAGAGUAUAUUCGCACGAAAUAUUGCAUUGAAGUUACAUCCUUUCCUAAUAACAUAAAUAUGAAUGCAUACCCGAAUAUCAGUUAUCACGUAUUUCGACUGUUAUUUCCUAAAAGUCAGUUGUCGUAUCUUGAUUUAGCUAUUAAUGUGAUAUUUGAAUAUUUCAUUCAACAUCAGGUUCCGUUGUAUAUGAGUUUUAAAGAAGGCACAUGGCAAACCCCGCAUUUAAAAGGAUGUGAUUCAUUUUCGCAUUUUAAUUCUAUGCUUUUUCCACCCAUUUCUGCUUUAAAAAGGAAUCCUCAAGAAUUUUAA